CUCCCUGCGAGUAUAAAAGCCCGGCUCCUCGGGCUAGGAGCAUCAGCAGUUCUCUGGAGCUCUAAGGAGAAACACGAAGAGUACUCCGGGUUCUCCAAGAUCUGUGAAUACAACGAAACAGCUGAGAAGUAAGAACGGUCAGGAUGCGACGCACAAGGCACGUUGCGCUGCCAGUCCGAGCUUGGCAGUAUAUCGGUCUUCUGAUAGUGUCUCUAGCUUGUCUAACGCUAGGGCUGGUCUCCAGGGAUAAGGAAGGUCGCGCAGGAAGUCUGGCAGGCCCUGAACUGGAGCACCGAGCUCCCCAUGAAGUGGAUGCCUGUCCAAACUCGAAUUUUUUCGCCAAGGUGCCUCCUUGCUCGAUCCUCGAGCAAGACCAUAGCAGAGAUCCAAAGAUGUCCGAAGAGACUGGUAUCGUCCAAACCAGUCCAACGUCGGCCAAUUCGAGGAUCUCUCGAUCGCGGACCCUGGAUCGCGACUCUCGAGCUCGGCUGCAGUCCCGAACAGACUUCAGGAGCGCGGAAAGAGUAGCUAGACAGGGAAUCAACAUUGACAACGAUUCUUCCAGACGUAUUCCAGAAGCUAAGCUCAGAACUAAGAGUCAAGACCGCGAGUCGAGACGUUCAUCUGAUCCUGCGACUCGUUUGUCUCGUUCCCUGAGCCUCGACGAUGCUCGUCGCUCUGCUAGAUCUCUGGACCGUAGAUCUCGAUCCACGGAAGGACGAUCGAUUGUCGUUGAUCGACGCAAGACUAAAGGAACUUCCCACUCGGUGGAUCGACGUAGAUCGACAGUCUUGGACCGCAACAAUCGGCUCGAAAUUCAAGUACGCAGAGUUCGUUCACUGGAACUUCAAAAACAGAAUCACCUGGAGCGCCAAGAUCGUCGAUCACCUGCUCGAACCUUGGCGAGACAGGAUCUUCGUCGAGCAAACUCUGAAGAAAAUCGACGGAAUUCUGUUGCUUCGAGGGGCCAAGACAGUAGAUCUCUGAUCCGAGCAGUCGACAAUUCUAGGCGAUUCGAGAGGACCACAGAGAGUUCUCGGAUGGGCAGGCAAGCGUCUCGAUCCCUGGAUCAUCGAGAAUCACGCACAGUGAGUGACUUUGCUAACCAGGGAUUGUCAAGGAGGUUAACGAGCAUGGAAGGUCGCAGAGCGAGCAGAUUGCAAUCCAGAAACAAUGAAGCUUCUCGAGAACGAGAGUCCCUCGCACGACCUAUGGAACUUAGGUCUACUGAAUCUCGACAAGAAAGGAACUCGAGAAACGCUGAAAGAGGGAGCCGUGUACAGUUUACAACCAGACGCGAUUCUAGGUCGAACCAGGAUUAUAGGAUGGACAACUCGAGGCAACGAGAAGGAAGUCGGGUGCGUCUAGCUCGUGAGAUGCGGGACACUCGAACUCAACUUGUUGGACAAUCUGAGACUAGGAGUGAUAAUUUAGAACGACGUGAGAAUACAGGUAAAUUGAACUUACCUCGAGAAUCUCGAACUCUUCUUGCCAGGUCAACUGAGACUACUAAACGCGACUUCGAGCACCGAAUAAGAAGCUUAUCCAACGAUCGACGAUCCUCUGAAAGGAGAUCUACCGUUUCCGAAUCUGCAAAUCGACAAAAAAUCAGAACUGAUCGACAUCUUUCGGAACGCUCUAGACUCAAUAGCGUAGAACAUCGCGAAAGGACCAAUAGACAAUACAUUGCUUUAGAAACUCGAAAUCAUGUUGCUAGAUUAUCAGAAACUUCUAAACGCGGCUUGGAACGACAUGUAAGGGAUCUUUCAAACGAUCGACGGUCUUUAGACCAAAGAUCCACUGUUCUGGAGUCUGCAUAUCGCCAAGAAGUCAGAAGUGAUCGACGCCUUUCUGAACGCUCUAGGUUCAAUGGUGCAGAACGACGCGAGAGGACAAAUAAUCAAUACAUUGCUCUAGAAUCUCCAACUCCUAUUGUCAAGUCAUCUGAGACUGCUAAACGCGAUUUGGAGCGACGAGUGAGAGACUUGUCUAACGAUCGACGAUCCUCUGAAAGGAGAUCUACCGUUCUGGAGACUCCACGUCGCCAAGAGGUCAGAACUAAUCGACUCAUGUUAAGACGUUCAAGCCUCGACAAUGUAGAACGACGCGAGAGGUCAAACAAAGUGCUCGUAGCUCGAGAAUCCCGAAAUCGUCUUUUCAGGUCAGCCGAAACUGCUAAACGCGACUUCGAACGACGUGUCAGGAAUGUAUCUAGCGAACGGAGAGCCACUAUCAUAGAAUCUGUAAAUAAGGAAAACGUUAGGACUGAUCGUCAUCUCUUAGGAAGAUCUAAGAGUGAUAAUUUAGAACGACGUGAGAAUACAGAUAAAUUGAACUUACCUCGAGAAUCUCGAACUCUUCUUGCCAGGUCAACUGAGACUGCUAAACGCGACUUCGAGCGCCGAGUAAGAAACUUAUCCAACGAUCGACGAUCCUCUGAACGAAGAUCCACUGUUCCUGUAUCUGUAAGUCGACAAGGAGUCAGAACUGAUGCCUUUGAACGGCGGGAGAGGACAAAUAAAUUGUACUUAGCUCGUGAGUCUCGAAUUCCUCUUGCCAGAGUAUCUGAGACUGUUAAACGCGACUUGGAGCGACGAGUGAGAGACUUGUCUAACGAUCGACGAUCUUCUGAAAGGAGAUCCACUGUCUUGGAAUCUGCUAAUCGCGAAGAACUCAGAAGCGAACGUCGCCUCUCGGAACGAUCUAGGCUGAAUAGUGUAGAACGUCGUGAGAGAGUGAAUAAACAGUACCUUGCUGUACAAUCUCGAUCUCCUCUUGCCAGGUCAUCAAAAAUUUCUAAACGUGAUUUAGAGCCACGUGUACGGGAUCUCUCAAGCGACCGACAUUCCUCAGAACGGAGGUCCAUUGUCCUGGAAUCUGUAAAUAAACAAGACGUUAGGACUGAUCGACGUGAAAGGACAAACAAAUUGCACUUAGCUCGUGAAUCUCGAUCUCUUCUUGCCAGGUCAGCUGAAACUUCUAAACGUGAUGUGGAACGUCGAGUAAGGAACUUAUACUCUAAAAGGAGAUCAGCUUCCUCCCAAUCUGAAAAUCGACAAGAAGUUAGAAACAAUGAUCCUCUCUCUGAACGCUCUAGGCUCGACAAUUUAGAACGACGAGGGGGAACAAACAGACUCUCCUUAGCUCGUGAAUCCCGAAUUCCUUUUGCUAGAUCAUCUGAAGUUCUUACACGCAAUUUGGACCUACGUCGAGUACGCAACGGAUUCAGCGAUCGGAGAUUGGAACGUGAACAGUUGGUUAAUACCAGAAGGUUCUCUAGAGCUACUGUUCUCGAAUCUUUAAGUAGAGCAGAUGUAAGAAGCAAUCGCCGACUCUUGGAGGAGAAGCUCGAGCGACGAGCUCUGGGUUCGAAUUCGCUGCGACAGGGAUUCAACGUUAACCGUUUGCGACAGGCUCGCGCUAUUAUUUUGACAAACGAUCUUCGAUCGAACCAGAGAAAACAAAGACUGACCGAAAGGACCCGCGCAACUCUACGAAGCAGGUUUCAAAGCGACGUUAAACGAUCUCGUUUUGUAGACCUGGAGCUUACCCGAUUCGCAGACAAGGCUUCUCGUAGCUAUUUAAAUUUGAAGGAUUCGAUGGACUUGUACUCUCUUCGCAAACAAGUUACAUCAUCCCAUGUUCCUGGCAUCUCUGCUAAUAAUCGUUCCUCUGCGUCGCGAGAGACAAUCUCCAGCAGUAUCAACAAUGCUCUAGAUUACCUGGAAGAAAAGAGUUUCAUAAAGAAUGCUUUGUCCUUUGAAAUAAUACGCCAGGCACUCGUAAUCGGCCUUUGCACGCUGUACGGCCUCUCCAUCUUCCAAGGAAAGCGAUCUUUCAUUAGUAACGUUGCGAUACGGAUGCCACGCUUUAUCCUAUGAUAGACGAACAAGCUCGUCCACCCGUCCAGAAGAAACAACGAUCCGCUACUAUCACAGCUUGCUUCUAGUCGUUGUUCCAGCGUAAUAGUUCCGCGCGUUGUAUCGUCAUGUACUUACAAUGUUUAACCUCCUGUAUAUUAAUGUACAGCUAAUGUGUAUCCUAUUUAGACAGAAAUGUAUCGCAUGUAUCUAAAAAGAUAUAUUUUGUCCGAAUAAAUUGUUCAAAAGAAAA